GUCACGGGGCGGAGCCUGCAGGCAGUGGAGCAAUAGAACGGAGUGGGACCGGGUGGGCGAGGACUCACGGGGCGUGGCCUCCGCGUGGGCCCGCACGGUGUGGCAGCGCCGGCCAUUCUGUCUUGCAGGGUGGCAUGCGGCACCGCACGUUGGCCUCCGACCCGGCCCUGUGGGCCUCCAUCCCGUGUCCACGCUCCGAGCUGCGCCUGGACCUGGUUCUGGCAUCCGGACAGUCCUUCCGGUGGAGGGAGCAGAGCCCUGCGCACUGGAGCGGCGUGCUGGCUGAUCGCGUGUGGACCCUGACGCAGACGGAGGAACACCUGCACUGCACCGCUUAUGGAGGGGCCGGCAAGCCCACGCCGCGGGAGCUGGAGGCGGUUCACCAGUACUUCCAGCUGGACGUCAGCCUAGCCCAGCUCUACAGCCAUUGGGGUUCCGUAGACUCCCACUUUCAAGAGGUGGCUCAGCGAUACCCAGGUGAUUUUGCUGGUUGUUUGACUGCACACAGAGCCCCUGCUGUGGGACUGGUAUACAGCAGUGCACGGAAUGAGUGCCUGCCCCCGGGGUGCUCAGGGGUGCGAUUGCUACGCCAGGACCCUGUCGAAUGCCUGUUCUCCUUCAUCUGCUCCUCCAACAACAACAUCACGCGCAUCACCGGCAUGGUAGAGCGGCUAUGCCAGGCCUUCGGGCCCCGGCUUGCUCAGCUCGAUGAUGUCACCUACUACGGCUUCCCCAGCCUUCAGGCUCUGGCAGGGCCGCAAGUGGAGGCUCGUCUCAGGAAGUUGGGCCUGGGGUACCGGGCUCGCUACGUGAGUGCCAGCGCCCAAGCCAUCCUGGAAGGCCAGGGCGGGCUGGCCUGGCUGCAGCAGCUGCGAGCGGCCUCCUAUGAGGAGGCCCACAAGGCCCUCUGUGCCCUGCCCGGGGUGGGCACCAAGGUGGCUGACUGCAUCUGCCUGAUGGCCCUGGACAAGCCACAGGCAGUGCCCGUGGACGUCCACAUGUGGCAGAUCGCCCGCCGGGACUACGGCUGGCAGCCCACCACCUCUCAGGCCAAGAGCCCCAGCCCCCAGGCUAACAAGGAGCUGGGAAACUUUUUCCGGAGCCUGUGGGGACCAUAUGCAGGCUGGGCCCAAGCGGUGCUGUUCAGUGCUGACCUGCGCCAGCACCCCUGUCGUGCCCAGGAGCCUCAAGCAAAGCGCACGAAGGGGCCCAAGGGCCCAGAAGACUAGGGGGCCUGCCGGACCAGGCGUCUCUGCCUGCCCGCCCCCUCCCUUCCCAACU